AUGCAUCUUAACUGGUUAUUGGUCACUUGCUUGGUUGUUUUGUUGUCCAUUGGUUUGACAACAAGAACAGUCGAUGCUGGCAAGAAAUCGAAAGAAGAAAAAGAAGAAGAAGAAUCUAGCACAACCGAUACCGAUACAGAUACAGAUUCGGAUGACGAUGAUGAUGAUGAUGAUGAUGACAAAAAAGCUGUCUUCAUCUCUCGUGAUCGUGCUUCCAUCUUUUUAUCAUACAACGAAUGUAUGAGGAGGAUGAAUUGUGGUUCAGCAAGACGCGAAGAAUGCAGCGAAGAGUGUGCAGGCGGCAAUACGGAAGAAGAAAUGGAAGAAUACGCUGAAGUAUUUGAAAAUAUUGAAGAAUACCGUGCUGAUGCAAAGAAGGGUAACCGACCAAGACGAAAGGACGGUUCUGAUACGGACACUGACACAGAUACCGACACGGACACUGACACAGAUACCGAUACGGACACUGACACAGAUACCGAUACGGAUACUGAUACAGACACUGACACAGACACCGAUACUGACACCGAUACUGAUACGGAUGACGAAGAAGAUGAUGAAGAAGAAGAUGAUGAUGACGAUGAAGAAGAAGAAGAAGAAGAAGAUGACCACUCACACAAGAAGAGCAAGAAAUCACACAAACACAGCCAUAAAAGUGGCAAGUCGAAACAUCAUCAUUAA